GGGGCGCACCUGGGGCACACCUGGGCAGGAGGGUCUGGGGGGGUCCCUGGCGCUGGCACCAGGGAUGGAGAAAUGCGGCCGUGCCGAAAAUCCCACCUGGGAUCCCCAAAAUCCUCCCCAGAAUCCUCCCCAAAAUCCCCCCUGGGACCCCAAAAAAUCCCCAAAAUCCCCCCUGGGACCCCAAAAAUCCCCCCUGGGAUCCCCAAAAUCCCCCCCCGGGACCCCCAGAAUUCCCCCCGGGACCCCCCAAAUCUGCCCCAGGAUCCCCAAAAUGCCCCAAACUCCCCCCAGGAGCCCCAAAAUCCGCCCCAGGGCCGGGUCAGCCGCUCUGCGGAGCCGCUUUGUCCCCGAGCCGGGGGGGGACGAGGGGCGUGGGGGGGUCACUCUGGGGUCACCUGAGGGUCAAGGGUCAAGCAAGGACAUAGGAACGGUCAAGGACCAUGGAGUGACCACUGGCCUGGGGACAGCGGACGGACAAGGGACGGUCAAGGGGAUGGUCAAGAACUGGACAGCGGGGGACGGCCAGGGGGGUCAGGGGUCACUGGGGGACACUGGGGACAGUGUCCGGCCACGAGCCCAAGCCCUCGAUGACCCCUUCGGUGGCCACGCUGACCACUACCCCCGUGACGUCACCGCUGUCCCCUCCCCCCUGUCCCUCGGUGCCACCUCCCCCCCGCUGCGGGGGCGGGGCCGCGGUGUCGCCGGGGGGGGGCGCUGUCCCCCAACGCCGGGGUCACUGUCCCCAACGCCGGGGUCACUGUCCCUGUGUCCAGUUCUGUCCCCGUGUCCGGGGUCACUGUCCCUGUGUCCGGUUCUGUCCCAUGUGUCCGGGGUCACUGUCCCCAAGUCCGGGGUCACUGUCCCCGUGUCCGGGGGUCACUGUCCCUGUGUCCAGUUCUGUCCCCGUGUCCGGGGGUCACUGUCCCUGUGUCCAGCGCUGUCCCCAACGCCGGGGUCACUGUCCCUGUGUCCAGCGCUGUCCCUUUGUCCAGCGGUGUCGCCGUGUCCGGUGACCCUGUCCAGCUGUCCAGUGGCUCCGUCCCCAAGUCGGGGGUCACUGUCCAGCUGUCCGGUGCCACUGUCCCCAUGUCCGAUGCCACUGUCCAGGUGUCCAGCGGCGCCGCCAUGCCCGGCGCCGCCACCCCCGUGUCCGGUGCCACCGUCCCCGUGUCCAGUGCCACCGCCCCCGUGCCCGGUGCCACCGUCCGGCCGUGCAGCCCCGUGCCCCCGUGCCCCCGGCCGCUGUCCCCCCGCCGUGACCCCCCGUGUCCCCCGGCGUGUCCCCACCCCGCGCUGCAGCGCCGCAGCGGCAACACCAUCACCGUGCGGCCGCGCCGCGCCGGCCCCGGCGCCGGCCCCGGGGGCAGGUGGCCCGGGGGGAGCUGGCCCGGGGGCAGGUGGCCCGGGGGCGGCCCCGGUGGCCCCGGGGGCGCGGCCGAGCCCCCAAGAAGCGCUACCCCACGGCCGAGCAGAUCCAGGUGGUCGGGGGGGGUACCUGGCGCUGCCGCGCUCCUGCCUGGCCAAGGGGCAGCCCCGGAGCAAGAAGCUGCAGAUCUGGUUCAGCGAGCGCGACCUGGAGCGAAUCUUCUCGUACCCCUCGGAGGGGGCGGCGCUGGCGGCCUGGGGGGCCCCCCCGAGGACCCCCCCCGGGACCCCCCCCGGGACCCCCCGGGACCCCCCCGGGACCCCCCGACCCCCGGGGGAGGAGGAGGAGGAGGAGGAAGAGGAGGAGGAGGAGCCCCCUCCCCCGACACGGGGGCUGCCGGGGGGGCUGAGGGGCCGCGCCCUGCUCGUGGACGAAUCCUGCCGUCGGUAACCCCCGGCCCAGCCCCCCGAGACCUCCCGGGGACCCCCCCGGGACCGCCCGGAGGGGCCGGACACUCGGACGGGGCCGGACACACGGACAGAGACCCCCAAGCCACCCUUUGUGGGAGCCUUCCAGAACAUUCUACCCCCCCCGGCGGGUCUGGGGGGGACUUUUUUACUCCAUUUUGUAGAUUUUUAGUACCAGGGCGGGGGGGUUUAAUUAUCCCUAACGAGGUUUUUUUAGCCUAAUUAAGGGGUUUUAUACCUGGGGAGGGGCGAAUUUUGUCAGUAUUGGGCCAAGCGAGGCUGUCCCCAGUUUGGACUGGGCCAGGACCGGUUUGGACUGGAAGGGGGCGGGGCCAAAGCCGUGGCAGU